AAAUGCGGACGCGAUGGGCGAGACGCGGGAAGCGCCAAGAAGUCCCAUGUCACGCUAGGAGCAGUGCACACGACCGACAGCGCAUCCUCGUACAGUAAGUACCACGACUACAUGGAUGGGUUACAUGGUACAGUACAUACAAAGAUACUUCACCGCGCAUGGCCCUACCCGCUCCCGGCCGACUAAAAUGCCGCCGCUCGAGGCUGACAUGCGGCUACCGGGACUUAUUCCAGAUGGCUGCACGUGCACUGCAUGCAUUGGUUCUUGCACCAACCGCAGCAUGCCACACCGUCUCUGCUGCAUAGAGGUCGAAACUUCACGUCCAGCACAGCCAUGGCGUGCAUGGCGGGUCGCUGGCUGUUGCUUUCCUUUCGUCAUGUGCGUCCUGUUCAGUGUGUCUCCUCCCCUCAAGUCGGCUCCAUUGCUGGCCAUCGUCGUGGCCGCAUAGCAGAACAGUGAAGCCAGCUCUACUACUGGGCAGGCUCCACGUGCACACCAGGCUGUACUUGGAGGCCGAACGCGUUUCAAUGGGGCGCAUAGCGUAGUCGGCUCAGAUCCUCGAUGAGCUGGCAACCUCGCUGCCCCUUUUUCAUUGGACCGUCUUGUGUCUCCAACUCGUGCUAUCUGUUAUGCACGGCUGUC